AUGGACGUCCGAGUCCCGCUGGAUGUUGCUGACAGCUCCAAUGCUUUGAAUCUGCCCACAUCAUGUUCCAAUCUGCUGGGUGGCUGUGUCGCCCUCCUGACAUUGGGUCACGCCAUUUUCCCUGCCACUAUGGAUGACACCUUUGCACUGGUUCCCCACCACACAAUUUUCAGUCCAAUUGCUUCGCUACCGUUUCCCUUUGUCUGGAACUUGGUGACGUCUCAUCUAUACGAGACAAGCUUAUUGCGUGGGAUUGCAAUGACGGUGGCUAUUGUGUGGAUGGUGCAACGACUGGAGCGCCUGUGGUCAGUGCGCGCGCUCUGCCUGUACUUGGCAUUUGCCUGCGCGGCGUCGUCAGUUGUGGUCCUCUUCUGGGAGGUCGGGGAGGUGUUUCGAACCGCUAGAGAGAAGGAUUUCUUUCUGCCCACACGUGGGUGUUCUGGCUUGCUUGUGGCACUGGCGGUUGGCCUGAGGCAUGCUUACCCUUUGGAGGUACUGCCUUCGCUUCCGAAGCCUUGGGGAUUACAAUGUCAGCAUUUGCCGUUCUGCUUGGUUUCCGCCUGCACGGUCGUCGGGCUUCUGGGCCCGGCCUGGCUGCUUCCUGAGUGGCCCUUUGCGCCUUUGGCCUUCUUCUUUGCCUGGUUCUAUCUGCGGUAUUUCUACUGGUUCCCCCAUGCCAAAGCACAUGGGGAUCACUCGCCAGACUUCGUCUUUGCGAAUCUGUUUCCGCAAGCCUUACGUCCGGUUGCAAGUGCGAUCGGUGCGUUGACACAUAGCUUGGCAGCGACGGCGGCGCCAGGAUUACUGAGAAUCCGGCAGCCAGAGGAUGAUGCAGAAAAGGCAGAGGCCAUCGUCUACGACCCCAGCCGAAUACAGGAUGGAGGGGCCGUGCUUUGGAGCUCAGCCGCCGGGAUGAACCUCACAGCAGCGACCGCUUCAACGCCCUGGCCUGCGCCACCUCCAUGGCCUGUGUCGGCUGGAGAUCCUGUUCCGGGUGCUCCUGGAUCCAAGGAAUAUGAUGCUCGCCGUGCCAAAGCUUUGAAGCUCUUGGACGAAUCCAUCAGCUCACUGCUAGCACCGCAAACGUGGGGAACUUACUGUAGAGGCGGGUGA